GGAGGAUGGCGGGGGCAGCAGGCGAGGCGCGCCGGGUGCUGAUUUACGGCGGCAGGGGUGCGCUGGGAUCCCGAUGCGUGCAGUCGUUCCGGGCCCGCAACUGGUGGGUCGCCAGCAUCGACGUGGUGGAGAAUGAAGAAGCUAGUGCCAGCGUUGUGGUCAAAAUGACAGAUUCCUUUACUGAGCAGGCUGACCAGGUGACUGCUGACGUUGGAAAGCUCUUGGGUGAAGAGAAAGUGGACGCCAUCCUUUGCGUGGCGGGAGGAUGGGCCGGUGGCAAUGCCAAGUCCAAGUCUCUCUUUAAAAAUUGUGAUCUGAUGUGGAAGCAGAGCAUUUGGACGUCGACCAUCUCCAGCCACCUGGCCACCAAGCACCUCAAGGAGGGAGGCGUGCUGACCCUGGCCGGCGCCAAGGCUGCUCUUGAUGGGACUCCUGGGAUGAUUGGCUACGGCAUGGCCAAGGGCGCUGUGCACCAGCUCUGUCAGAGCCUCGCGGGAAACAACAGCGGCAUGCCCUCGGACUCGGCCGCCAUCGCGGUGCUCCCGGUAACCCUGGAUACCCCGAUGAACAGGAAGUCCAUGCCCGAGGCCGACUUCAGCUCCUGGACACCCUUAGAAUUCCUGGUGGAAACCUUCCACGACUGGAUCAUGGGGAAAAACCGCCCGAGCUCAGGAAGCCUCAUCCAGGUCGUAACCACAGGAGGAAUGACGGAGCUUACCCCUGCCUAUUUUUAA